ACGGGCUGGGCUUUCGUGGGCCGGGAGUGGGCGACGAACGAUGGCUGGCUGGCCGUCCGUGAUUGUUUUGGAACGGGCAGCGUGUUUGGUUGGUGCCUGUGCUGUGCCGCCGUUCGUCUCUGGGUAGCGUAGCGACGGCGCCACGGCGGCUUCCGGCUCGUGCGCGCGCGCGCGUGUCCGGGCGAGAAGAGCUGCCAAGGGAUGGAGGCGCUGAGGAAGCAGGCGAGCAAGUUCAAGGAGCAGGUCGCCAAGCAGCAGCAGGCUGUUAUAAAGCAAUUCAGUACUACUGGCUAUGAGCGGUCAGAUUCCAUUGUAAUUGAUGAGGUUGAACUACAGAGACAUCAACAGCUUGAGAAAUUGUAUACUUCUACUCGUUCUGUAAGGGAUUUCCAGAAGGACAUAGUUAGAGCAGCUGAAGGUUUGGUGUCUAUUGGAAACAAACAUAUUGAAGUGGGAACAAAAUUUUCUGAGGACUGCUAUAGAUAUGGAAGCGAAAAUAAUGCAAGCGACGAAGCCCUUAGAAAAGCAGCAUCACUAUACGGAGGUGCUUUGAGAAAUAUUGAGAAAGAGUAUGAAGAUUUCAACAGAAUUUUAUCUUCUCAGACUAUAGACCCAUUGAGAGCAAUGGCUAUGGGUGGACCCCUGGAAGAUGCUCGUGGUCUUGCACAGCGCUAUAGCAGGAUGAGACAUGAAGCUGAGAUCCUCUCUACUGAAAUUGCUAGAAGAAAGGCACGGGUAAGAGAAGCUCCAAUUGCUGAGCACACUACAAAGCUUCAGCAAUCAGAAGCUAGAAUGAUAGAGCACAAAGCAAGCAUGGCCGUGUUAGGGAAGGAAGCAGCAGCUGCACUUGCAGCUGUCGAGUCUCAACAGCAACGAGUGACCCUUCAGAGGCUGGUUGGCACGGCGGAAGCAGAAAAGUUAUUCCAUCUGAGAUUAGCUGCUAUACUUGAUGACGUUGAGGCAGAGAUGUCCUCUGAGAAGCAAAGGAGAGAAUCUGCACCACCUAUCAUAUCUUCACAUAAGCGUGCUGAGAAAGCUCAGUACUUCCUUGCUGAGGUAAUGCAUAAUUUCAAUGGAACCACGGAGAAGGAACUGAGCUUAAUUGUUGGCGAUUAUGUUGUUGUUCGUCAGAUUGCUCCCAACGGCUGGGCGGAAGGAGAAUGCCGAGGGAAGGCUGGCUGGUUUCCGGCUGCCUAUGUUGAGAGGCGCGAGAAUAUCCCCCCGAAUAAAGUUUUCCCUCAAGUAUAAGAUCAUAAGAGGGGUCAUCUGUUUCCACUGAUAAGCAGUUUGGUUUGGCAUUGAGGAGCUGCAAGGCUGUAUCUAACUUCUGAUUGGUUUGAUGCUCCGUAUGGCGUAUCUUGUGCAUCCUAUGUUCUUGUGGUGGUCUAGACUUGGAAUAAGAUAUGUCGGCACGUGCUCUGCGCCUGUGCCUGCGCGCACAUUGAUGAAGAUGUCGCUUUGCAUGUGUCCGCAGUGUGCUACUGCUUGCGGCAGCGUAGGUCAUGUUGAAUGAGCUUUCCUUUACUGACAGAUUUCGAGUGUAAAUUGGUUCUUGCACUUUUUUUUCGUUAGGGUGUAUCAGUAGUUCUGUACAAUAUGUUUUUAAUGAGACCAUUCGGCCAUCA